AUGUCCCCUUUUGCUAUCAAUAUAUACAUGCCGGCCGUACCGGCAAUCUCGGAGGAGCUGCAUAUUAACAGCAGCCAGACACUUCUCUCAGUGACGCUCUACAUGAUCAUGCAGGGCCUCUCGCCGUCAUUUUGGGCACCGCUUUCAGACACCUACGGGCGCCGCCCGAUUCUCAUCCUCACAUUUGUCGUGUUCCUCAUUGCCAACCUUGGUCUCUCAUUUGCCAAGGUCUACUGGCUCUUGCUGGUCCUGCGUAUGCUGCAAGCGUGCGGUGCAAGCAGUGCCAUUUCUAUUGGUGCGGGGUGCAUCAGUGACGUGUCGCGCCUCAAGGAGCGUGGUACCUACAUGGGCUUCUUCCAGACCGGUACGCUUUUGGGACCGGCUGUUGGUCCCAUCAUCGGCGGCCUCAUGUCCCAGCGCUGGGACUGGCACGCAGUCUUCUUUUUCUUGUCGGCAUUCGGUGGUGUAUAUCUGCUCUUUAUGAUUCUUGUCCUGCCCGAGUCGCUGCGCGCACUCGUUGGCGACGGAAGCUUGAUGCCGUAUGGAAUUUGGCGAGCACUCGUCCCGAUCCGCAUGGUCGACCGGCCCACCAACACGAUCGAGGACGGCGUCGAGAAACAGCAGUGGAUGAACAAGCCUCCGAAACUGAACAUCCGCGCCAUGGGCUUUGACCGCCCAUGGCGCGCGUACCUCCAAGCGGACAUUGCCAUGAUGAUUGUGAGCUUUGCCAUUCCGUUCGGCGUGUUUACCAUGGUCUCGUCGUCGCUCUCCCCGACACUCAGCACGACUUACCAUUACAACGCGAUUUACUCUGGCCUCUGCUUCCUGCCCCUGGGCGUAGGAAGCGCAGCGGGGAGUAUCGUGUCGGGAAAGUUGCUCGACUACGACUUUGCGCGAGCGCAUAAGAAGCACGGAAACAAGAUGAACUUGCACCAUGCGCGCCUACAGCAUGCACAGCUGUUUAAUCUGCUGUUCACUGCAAUGACCAUUGCCAAUGGAUGGUGUUUGCAAAAGGGCGUGCAUAUUGCGGCUCCGAUGGUGUUCCAAUUUUUCUUGAGCGUGUUUGCUAUUUUGUAUUUUAACGCAAUCCAAACGAUCCUUGUCGACCUGUCCCCUGGUCGGGCUGCAUCCGUUACGGCCGCGCUCAACAUUGGUCGCUGCUUGGUCGGCGCUGCUUUUGUCGCCGCGGUACAGUACGUGAUCGACGAUGUGGGAAACGGUUGGACGUUUACUAUCUUUGGUUUGGCCAGCUUCGUGAUUCCUAUUCCGCUUAUUGAGUGCGUCAUCCGCCUGGGGCCUGGAUGGCAACGCAAGAAAGAAGAGCGCGAAAGUGCGAAACGGUCGGUUAAUUAG